CCCGAUAUAAUAAAAAAAAAAAACCAAAAAACAAAGGAGCCAAAAAGAUACUACUACUACCCAUUAAAUAAAGAAAGCACACACUCAAGGAGAGUGUAAUAAUAAGAGAAAGGGAAGGAAAAAGAAGCCUUUUUCUAGCUAGCUUGUUUUGUUGUUGAGUUGCAGUGUGUAGGAUAAAAAGGGGCCAUAAGUCUCAUCACCAUUUGGAUUCAUUUCAGCCAUUCCCUCCCUCCCUCCCCAAAAGCAGCUGUUUCAGGAAGCCAGAAAGAAAGAAAGAAAAGCAAAGCAAUCUACGUAAACCAAAGCUCCUAAAAACAUCAGUGUGCAAGUUUAAAAGAAAAGAGAGAAGCUAAAGCAGGCAAAAGCUUAUUCUGCAAUUAGAAUUCAACUCAGCUUAUAUAUAAGGAAAGUUUACAUCUUCAACAACAUCAACAACCUCUUCCAAGUGGACCACAUCAUCAUCAUCAUCAUCAUCAAAAACAACAACAGAUGCAGCAACAAAACAGCACUGAUGCAUUUUUCCCAAUGUUUCCAGAAGUAUCUCCACUCCUUUCACCAUGGACGCUCCCUCAUCAUCAAGUUCAUGGCUUUAACCCGGUCCAGUAUCCAUUGACCAACCCGAUCCGUGAUCAUCACCAUCAUCAUGACCCGUUUCUUCAUCUCCCUCCACCACCUUCCUCUUAUGGAGGUUUAUUCAACACUGCUCCUUUUGGGCUUCAAGCAGAAUUGCAGAAAAUGACAGCCCAAGAAAUCAUGGAUGCUAAAGCUCUUGCUGCUUCAAAAAGUCACAGUGAAGCUGAACGAAGAAGAAGAGAAAGAAUCAAUAAUCAUCUCGCUAAGCUUCGUAGCUUGCUUCCUAAUACCACCAAAACGGAUAAAGCUUCAUUGCUGGCUGAAGUGAUACAACAUGUGAAGGAGCUGAAAAGGCAGACAUCUAUGAUAGCUGAAACAACACAAAUCCCAACUGAGGUUGAUGAGUUAACAGUGGACAAUGCAGGUGAUGAGGAUGGUAAGUUUGUUGUAAGGGCUUCCUUGUGUUGUGAGGACAGGCCUGAUCUGUUGCCUGAUCUCAUCAAGACAUUGAAGAGUUUAAGGUUAAGAACCUUAAAAGCCGAGAUCACGACGUUGGGUGGAAGGGUUAAGAAUGUCUUGUUCAUUACCAGUGAAGAUGAUGAUACCAACAGUAAUACUGAUAAUGUUGACCCGGAUGAGCAGCCGCAACAACACCCACGGCAGCAAAAUUACUCCUUGAGCUCAAUUCAUGAGGCCCUUAAAGCGGUUAUGGAGAAAUCCAAUGGUGAUGAAUCUGGUUCGGGGAAUGUUAAGCGACAGCGAACCAAUAAUAAUAUUAACAUCCUUGAACAUAGGUCCCUUUAGGAAAUAGUAAUAAUGAAAACCCUUUUCAUUUUCUGGUGUGUUUCUUUCGGUGUGCUUUUUUUUUUGGGUGUGUUUUUCAUAUUUCAGGAAAAAAAAAAAAGGAAGAAAAAGUUAAAAAUAUUAGUACUAGCUAGCUGGGGGGUUAAUUAGCAGUAGAACUUGAUUAAGGUUGGUAAGUCUAUAAGGUCUAACUAUCAAUCAUUUAGUACAUAGAUUUGGAGGGGGACAAAUUAAUUAUUAAGGUCAACCAUGUGGAGAUUACUGUCGAUUUAAAGAGGGGAAUUUGAUGGAAGAUGGGAUCCAAUGCAGAUAUUAGUGGCUUUUUUUGCUGGCCCUUAACUACUUGGUGUGAAACAGACAAGUUGGGGUAACAUAUUGUGUUUUUGUCUUAGCUUGGGUGGGAGUUCCAAUUUGGGUUUUGGGUGAAUUGUGUGGAACAGAUGGUUAACUUGUUCAAGUGCACAAAGGGGGAUAAUAUAGAGAGGGGAAAAGAAUUGGUGGAAGGAUCUUUUUCGUGAAGGGUGAAACCUUAGUAAGAAAACCUAAGAUGGAAAAUGAGAUCACUUCGUACUGUUGUUGAAGUGUUCAUAUAUUCCCCCCUUUCAAAAAAUGUGAAGUCAGAUAUGCUGUUAUUUUUGUUGUCUAGUGAUGAAGAUGCUUCUUGUCUCUCCCAAAAAACAAAAUCUGUUUCUUCAUCGGCAAAAGAGUGUUGCAAAACAAUCAUCAUGAAAGAAGCCGACGGUUUUAUGGUGUCUAGCUAUAGUUGGUUCCCAAGAAAUGCUGUUCAAAAUUGGUGAAUUUAAUUGGUAGUAUGUUGGUUUUUAAAGCUUUUUUUCUAGUUGCUAUCUGGUGGUCCAAUGAAUAGAAGAGAGAAAUUUUUUUUUUUUUACUAAAGCAAGGAAGGUUUCAGAGCUCACACAGUCAAAGAUCAGCUGCUUGUUGGGAUGAAGUAUGCAUGAUUUUUGGUAGAAAGAAAAAUGUACAUAAAAUCAGAUUGUAUAUUAUGGGGGGUGGGGAGAUAUGGAUAUCCUGAAUCCUGCCUGCAGCCUUCUUCUCUACUUUGGUCUCAAUUCCACUAGUUUUUUUUUUUUUCUUUUCCACUUGCCUUAAAUUUUAUUUUGGGUCGGCUAGAUUAAUUUGAUUUAAUUUGUGAUUUUGUUUGUACACUUCUCAACUCUUUAAGCAAGAAUAACUAAUUGCUAGUGUGUCUCGUCUUGGUGAGAUUGGUUGCUAAUUUAUAUUACACCCCUUCUUUGGUCAUUCUCCGAAUGUUUUUUUUCCGAAUGUAGUAUUAAGCAUUUUGAUCUCUUAUCAUAGCAACAUUAUAAUUAAGCAUACUAGUGUAAUACCCGUACGCUGCACGAUGAUUUUUCGAUAUUAACAUAGUAGACUUGAAAAGUAAAAAAUUAUGCAUAAAAUGUCUCAAAUUAAUUCUAUAUGAAAUGUGAAUUAUUGAAGUUAAACUAUAUAUGUAAAAUUUGAAAUACUAUCAAACCAAAAUGUAAAAUAUUCGUAGAAAUAGUUUUUUCAAAUAUAAUACAAAUAUUCAG